UACAAUAAUUCCCACUGUAAACACCUUGCCAGCUUCUGUCCAGAAAUUCAACUUAAGAACAGGUCCAGCUGAUUCCCAUGGCUGGCACUCAUGUCCAGUUUCAGUUUAGCUCUAUCACACGUGAAGCCCUCAUUAUGUGAUGCAGAGUCACUGUUAUGCAAGUGAAAUUUGAUCUUCAGUAAGGAGACUGAUGAAGGGCUGCAUUUCCUUUUGAUCUGAAAAAGUCAUAGAGCUGCAAAUGUGCUGCCACAGUGGAGCAGAGGGAGAACAGAUUCCCUUGAUGCAAACCAAAAGCUGAUGCUGUCAGCUACGAGGAAAAAAGGUACUGGGAAGAGGUUUAAACUGAGCACAGAACUAAGUAAAACUGCCUCACUGCCUGGGACCAAGUGAUAGAUCUGAAUCUGGAAAUAGCUGAAAGUUGUUUAAAAGUGAAUUGUUCAUACUUUUAUCAAGUAAACUACUUAAAAUAACAACAAUAAUAAAAAGGUUAAGCUAUUAAAACAUUGACCAUCUACAGGUUAAGUUAGGCUAUUGUAGAACCAGUAGUUAGUCCACAAUCUGUGUAUACAUUCUGUAAAUUCAGGACAAGCAGCUGAUUUUUUUUUUUAAUCAGAGCUGUAGGGCUGUAAAAGUGACAAACAAGAGUACUUUCAGUUGCUACUUUUAAUCAUAGUGACACAUCAGCAUGAACUGCUUUUUGUUAGCUAGUUUAUUUAAAGAAGUUAAGCCAAAUACUUGCUAUUUCAUAUUAUUAAGCAAUAUCCAUAAAGAUGUGAUUUAGAUUGGGAGGUCUGUGUGCAUAUUCAAAAUCACAGUAGUAGCUCUUUGCUUUGAUUGGGAAAACAGACUCCUUGGAUGUGUUUCUGUUUCCACAUCAUCCAAACAUCUUGAAACCCAGUUUCAGUGAAAUUAUUUUUGUUUUUAAGUUGGAAGCAUCGUAUUUUUGGGGUAUUUUAAGGCUUGAUGUUUUGUUGCACAUGUGUAGAACAAGGACAGGAAAGAGGAGUCUGAGUUUGCUCUGUUGUCUGAUAAGGUGGCUUUUGCUCGAAAGUGAAUAUAAACUGUUUGGGGUUUUUUUCAUAUGAAAAAGUAGACAGUGUAGGCUACACAGACAUUAGACAAUCUUAGAAAAAGCUGAUAGGUAUCUGCUUACACACAUCACCUCAGAGCUGGAUUUUUUUGAGCAUAAGCUCAAAGAAAUUGAAUCUACGGGACUGUUUAUACAACCCAAGCAUUAAUUUUGUUGGCUAGGUUUGCUAGGCUUCUGCUCUCAGAGGAAGAAGGAAAAACUCAUCUGGAGGAACUCCUGUCUCUGCUGUGGUGAAAACAGCAUUUCUUUACAAGCUGUGUACUGGGCCUUACAUGCCAUGCUUGUGUACAGAUGGAGUGCACAGAUGCUUCUGCUUAUUGUAUCAAAUGUCAGGAAAUCCUGGUGAAGGAUCAAGAAGUCUUAAUAGGGGAAAAGGUGACUCUUCUCAAAUUCUAAGUUGUAUGGUUUUGGUGUUUGGGUUGGUUUUUUCUUUCAGUUAUAGAUAGAUGUAUUUCAAGCAGAAACAUACUUGACUGAUAAAAGCACAUUGAGUGUAUAAAAAAGCAGAAAACUGUAGGUUACAAUAUCUGUACCAAAUCCAGCAUUAGAAGUGUCCAGCAUCCCCAAGAAACAGGUUGGUACAAGGCAACCCUAUAUUCCUUACUACUGAUACAUUGACUUGAGGAUGCCCUUAUGGGUACCUGUUUUAUCCAGCUUUCUGGAAAACCCUGAAGGCUUCCUGAUUGCUGUGGACUUGGAUUGAUUGGUACAGUGUAAAAUAAUGUAUCAAGACAGCAGGAUCAGAUUCCUCGGUCCUGGGUUCCAUUGGUUCAUGGGAUGACAGUGCUUAUUCCCACCUUUUGCUGCAAUCUUCCCAGUUAGGAUUUGUGUGUGAUCAGCAUUGUGCUGUACCACAGUGAAGAGGUAUUUUUCACUUCAAGAUACCUUGCAUUAAAGGAUCAUGGUAGACAGUUUAAUAGUUUCUUUGAGACUUCUCAGUUCCCUAGCAGUGUUGGGAUUUCAGUUUGUCAUCCCACAGCCUUCAAUUGAACACAGAAAGGUUCCCCAGAGGAUAGAAGAGCAAGGAGAUGCGUCUGAGGACAGCAGUGCAGGAAUCCCAGGCAUGUGGGGCAACUGGGGCCCCUGGUCUGCCUGCUCCCGGAGCUGCAGUGGAGGUGUGAUGGAGCAGACCCGGCCCUGCCUCCCCGCCUAUUACCGGGAGCGGGAGCGGGGGUACCGGCGCCCGGGGCGGCAGUUCCCGGCCUCGGACAGGACUCACCACAGCUCCCACCACGAGGACUCGCUCUCUGCCUAUCCCGGCCACGUCAUUUCUGCCAUCCGCACAUCCGUGCCGCUCCACAGGAACGAGGAGCAGCUUUGGGCUGGGCUUCGUGCCCCUGCCCCUGCCGGGGGCCGGAACAGCAGCCACGGGGGCAGGGGGACACCGAGGGGCAGCCGGCACUCCCAGAACCAGCAGCACUCCCAGAACCAGCAGCACUCCCAGAUCCAGCAGCAUUCCCAGAUCCAGCAGCAUUCCCAGAACCAGCGGCACAGCGCCCAGGCAGAAAAGAGAAGCAGAAACAGAAAUCCUAUUGGUCCGGGAAAGUAUGGAUAUGGAAAAGUGCCAUACAUUUUACCUUUACAAACUGACACUGGUCAGCAGCCUCAGAAACUCCGGAGGCAGCGCCAGUCCUCGAGGAGCCACAUGUUCCACCCGAGCCCGAGCCUCCUGAGCACCUACAGCCAAGCAGCUGGGCCUCCAGUCCAACAUGGGAACCUUUAUCAAGAAGCAAGUGGGCCUCAGGCAGGACAUCAGGUCCUGGGACCCUCAGUUUAUCAGUCACCAUCGUUUCCUGCAUCUCAAAGUCUGUUCCAGAGCAGUGACCCUGUGUCAGCCCAGGCCCUGCAGGGGCAGCCCCAGCCCCAAAGGGCCGCUGCCAUCGUGUGCGUCGGCACCUACAAGCAAUACAAACUCUGCAACACCAUUAUGUGUCCUGAAAGCAGCAGAAAUAUUAGAGAGGUGCAAUGUGCAUCAUACAAUAACAAGCCAUUUAUGGGUCGAUUUUAUGAAUGGGAACCUUUUGCAGAAGGAAUGAAGGCAUGUAAGUCCUACUUUGGCUAG